AAAAAAAAGGUGUUGUGAAAUCACAUCCCAAAUACGAGUAUUUUUCAGACCAGUUCAAAAUUUGGAUUCAGUUGCAUGUUGCCCUGUGUUCUACUUCUACCAAUAUUCAAUUUCUUCAUUUCUCCAUCUCCAUCAUACUCUCUGGUCUGUCAACUCACCGAACGGUUUUCCGUUGAGCAGUUCGUUAUUCAAAUCGUCGUCGAUCUUUCAGUUGCACGGAUAUAAUGGAGAACCUGAUCUCUAUGGUCAAUAGAUUGCAGAGGGCUUGCACCGCCCUUGGCGAUCACGGCGAGGACGGUGGCUUGCCUACUCUGUGGGAAGCGUUGCCUUCCAUUGCCGUCGUCGGCGGCCAGAGUUCAGGAAAGUCUUCGGUGCUUGAGAGCAUUGUUGGAAAGGACUUCUUGCCACGUGGAUCUGGCAUUGUGACCCGUCGUCCACUUGUCCUGCAACUUCAUCGCAUAGAUGAAAGCAGGGAAUAUGCAGAAUUCGGACACCUCCAAAGGAAAAAGUUUACUGAUUUUGCUGCGGUGAGGAAGGAAAUUACUGAUGAAACUGAUCGUGAGACUGGUCGCUCUAAAACAAUCUCAAGUGUUCCAAUAUAUCUCAGUAUAUAUUCUCCUAAUGUUGUUAACUUGACAUUGGUUGAUCUUCCUGGUCUUACUAAAGUCGCUGUUGAUGGUCAGCCAGAAAGUGUUGUGCAUGACAUUGAAAACAUGGUUCGAUCUUACAUUGAGAAGCCUAAUUGCAUUAUUCUCGCGAUUUCUCCUGCUAACCAAGAUUUGGCCACAUCAGAUGCAAUAAAGAUUUCUCGUGAAGUAGACCCAAAGGGGGAGAGGACAUUUGGAGUUCUGACAAAAAUUGAUCUCAUGGAUAAGGGUACUGAUGCAGUUGAGAUAUUGGAAGGAAGAGCGUACAGGCUACCACAUCCAUGGAUUGGUGUGGUUAAUCGCUCUCAAGCUGAUAUUAACAAAAAUGUCGACAUGAUAGCUGCGAGGCGUAGGGAGCGAGAAUAUUUUUCUAGCACUCCUGAAUACAAACAUCUUGCUCACAGAAUGGGCUCAGAACACCUCGGUAAAGUUUUGUCAAAGCAUUUGGAGUCUGUCAUCAAGUCUCGCAUUCCUAGUCUCCAAUCUUUUAUCAACAAAACUAUCAUUGAUCUAGAAAUGGAGUUGAGCCGUCUUGGAAAGCCUAUUGCAACUGAUGCAGGAGGAAAACUAUACAUGAUCAUGGAGAUAUGCCGCUUUUUUGAUGGAAAUUUUAAAGAACACCUCGAUGGAGUCCGACCAGGAGGUGAUAAAGUUUAUAAUGUAUUCGAUAAUCAGCUCCCCGCUGCAUUGAAAAGGUUACAAUUUGACAAGCAUCUUUCCAUGGAAAAUGUCCGGAAGCUUAUAACUGAAGCUGAUGGUUAUCAACCUCACUUGAUUGCUCCUGAACAAGGAUAUCGUCGUCUCAUUGAAUCUUCAGUGAUCAGCAUCAAGGGUCCCGCUGAGGCUUCUGUUGAUGCGGUUCAUGCUAUACUCAAGGAUCUUGUUCACAAGGCAGUUAGUGAGACCGCAGAGCUUAAGCAGUACCCAUCUCUUAGAGUAGAGGUGAGUAAUGCAGCUAUAGAAUCACUGGAAAGAAUGAGGGAUGAGAGCAAGAAAGCAACUUUACAGCUUGUUGAGAUGGAGUGUAGUUACCUCACUGUUGAUUUCUUCCGGAAGCUUCCUCAAGAUAUCGAGAAGGGUGGAAAUCCAACACAUUCCAUAUUCGAUAGAUAUAAUGAUUCUUACCUGCGUAGAAUUGGAUCAAAUGUGUUGUCCUAUGUGAAUAUGGUUUGUGCUAGUUUGAGGAACUCAAUUCCAAAGUCUAUUGUUUACUGUCAAGUACGAGAAGCAAAGCGUAGCUUGCUUGACCACUUCUUCGCCGAGUUGGGCAAAAAGGAGGGGAGUCAGCUGGGGAGGCUGUUAGACGAGGACCCAGCUAUAAUGCAGAGACGUUUGUCCUUAGCCAAGAGACUGGAGCUGUACAGAGCUGCUCAAACGGAAAUAGAUUCAGUUGCUUGGUCAAAAUAAAAACAGCUUUUGAUCCCCCUCCCGACCACCCAUUCAUUGCUGAUCAUGGUUGAUUGUUGAGAGAUAUGCUGCAGUUCUUACCUCCAACACACUAUUAGUAAUAUUGUCAUUACAAUCUUUCUGGGGGUUGUAGUUGAGACGAUGAGUACUACUACUGCUACUAGUUUUGGCUUCUUCGUGUUGAUCAUAUAUGUAUCUAUAUGCUUUAGUUCUUUGCUAACUAUGAGUCUGACUAAGUUGGGGACUUAACUCUAGUUUUGGCGUGUGAUGGUUUUACAUUCCACCAGAUUUAUCUGCAUCAGUUUUGCUUGACUAAUG